AUCGAAACAUUGUUGUACAAUAAACCUAAACGAUUAUAGAUUGUCCCAUGAUGGAAGUGGUCAAUGCUAUGUUGCUAUUAAAAUUGAUUAUAUCCGUUCUUUAUGUAUCCAUUGUUGAUUCAGUGUCCUCCAAAUGCCAGACUCCUCUCAACAGCAGCGACUGCGGGCUGCCCUCUACUGUCGUAUACACGUACUACAGUCCCAAUUCCUUCUGCUACCCGGCCAUAUGGCGGGGGUGUCCGACCAACAACAAGUUCUACAACGAGGACCAGUGCUGGAAAUCCUGUGUUAUGCAUUUUGAAGUAACUGAGUCUAUGCCGAAGGAAAUAGAUGCUAGUAAAGUGCAAGUACAAAACAACACGAAAAGUCAGUCAGUAAAAAUCAACCGAUGUGAUGUCCCCCUCAACACCAGUCGCUGCACUAAAAAGAUAAAGUUAGUUUUCACAUUCAGCGAUGUAAUUAAAUCCUGCGUUAUUGCAUUGUGGUCAGGAUGUCCUACUGAAAACAUGUUUCCUGACUUCACGACGUGUCAGAAUAACUGUCAAGAAAAGAAGGACGAUAAACUGAAACAAAAAGAUAAAUCCAACAUACAACAAGCUCCGAAUUUUCUUCAGCUGGACAUUAACAACCCCAAUGCACAGAAUAAAGAAAAUAAACUGGUACAAAAGGAUGAAUCCAAGAUGCAAGAAGUUCCAAUUGAUCUUAAGCAUUUGAUGAAAAAACCUGAUGCAUCAAAUGAAGAUAUUCAAAUUAAACAAAACUAUCAAUCCAAGGUACAAAAAGCGUCGAAUGUCCCGAAGAAGUUGGUUAAGAAAAAGAAUGCGCUGAAUAAAGAAUAUAAACUGGAUGAAAAGGAUAUAUUCAAGGGUAUGUUCUAG